GAAAGGCCCCUCCAGGGGCUUACCUGGGCUACAGACAAGAAUUGUCCCUGUGGAUCUGGCUGUCCUGAGGCCUCCCCAAAGAGCAGCAUCCCCAGGGUGAGUGCGAGGGAGCGCACCGGGUCUCGUCUUGGGUAACGCUGCUGGGUCAGUUCGGAUCAAGUUGCCUCAGUGAAGGUGUCUGACGUGGCCAGGAGGAAAAACUACCCUGGGAGAGAGGAGAGGAGAGGAUCCUGACAGCGGGAAAAGAGCCGGAGCAGGAGCGCUCGGGCACCGAGGAGCACUUGGGGGCUGCUGAAGCAUCUUCUGGUCUGCAUUGAGGAGGCGGGAGGAAGAGGAGCCGGAGCAUCCCCUGUGAGCGCACCAUGCCGCUGUCCCGCCGCACCGGCCAGAUGCCCGAAGCCACCUGGACGCUGGGCUUCAGGGAGAUGACGGAGCCCUGGAAAGGCGCCGUGGGCUGCCUCGGCGUCGCCGUGUUCUUCGCCAUGACCAUCGGCAUCAUCUCGUGGCAGGCGCUGGAGCAGCCGCCGGAGGAGUGGGUGCUGCGGGGCCGGCGGGGGGGGCUGCUCUGGGAGCGCCGGCGCGGGGCUCUGCUGCUGCGGGCGCUGCCGGCGGGGCGCGCCGUGGCCGCGGUGGCGGUGCGGGGGGUGCCGGCCGCCGAGCCCCCGCCGCCCCGGGACCGCUGCUGGCACGAUGGUGCCCAGUUCUGCUACGCGUGGGAGGAGGAUGCUGAGCUCCGGCUGAACCUCGAGCCCCCGCCGGCCCCCGGCACCGAGUGCUACAGCGUCCAAUGGACCCCGCUGCGCCCCGACGUGAUGCUGAAGGAUUGCUUCUCCAUGGCCAACAUCUCCUGGUACGGAGGGGUGAGCCUCCAUGCCCAGCGCUGGCCGCUCAAUGGAGCCCAAAGCCAGGCACAGCCCUUUGUCAGUGGAGGCUUCAGCAAGAAUCCCGUGGGAUACGGGCCUGUUCUGGAGAGAUACUUCUUGGGCUCCACAGGCGUGACGGUGACGGUGCCUCCCGACAUGCCCGUGCUCCUCUCACUGGAGAGCAACCGGCAUUUCUGCCUGGCAUCGCCGGCGGGCAGAGCUGCCGAGCCCCUGCACUACACCCUCUGUGCCAGCACCGACAUCGCGGCUGCACACCGGCACGUGGGCACCCAGCUCAGCGCGCAGGAGCGGGCGCUGCCGGAUACAGCCCUCCUGGGGUCUCCCGUCUGGAGGUAUUCUGGCCCAGAGGGUUCAGCUGCCAAAAUAAAACGAGGUUUGAGGUCACUGGCGAGGAGGCUGAAGCGGCAUCAUCUUCAGGAGGGGGUCCUGCUCCUGGGGGAGCACUGCACUGCCAUCCUCGCGGCUGCGGACCAUGCACCCUCAGAGCGGAGGAAGAGGCAGGACCCGAGCCGUGCCUGGGACCCUUCCAUGCUGGCCCCGCUGCAGCUCGCUGUGACGCUGUCCCCAUACACCAGCAUCUCCUCCCCGCUGUUCCUGCGCACGCUGCGGGAUGGCCACGCAGGGACCUACUGGCUGAGCCUGCAGCCCCACAUCGGGGACAGCCCGAUCCCGCUGCUGACCACAUGGAAGGGGCAGCUUUGUGUCCGCCUCAACGUCACCAGCGAGGAGGCACUGAGCUGGUACCUGGCACGUGCCCGGCGCCUGCGGCACGCACUGGGUACCACGUACCUGGUGUUUGAGGGUGCUGAGGGCAAUGCCUUCCUGGAGCAAGCUGUGCCCCCUCCCGCCGAGCUGGAGGGAGACCGGUACACCGGGCUGUUGGCAGAGGCACUGGCAACACUGGGAAACGGCACCGUCAUCAGUGCCGGUGCCAGGUCCAGUCACCUCCCUCUCUUCAUCCAGAUGAGCCCCCUGCACUCAGACUGGAGCCAUGCUGGGCUGAAGGGGAUUAUUCCCUCUGUGCUGCACUACAGCCUCCUGGGCUACAACUUCUUCAUCCCCGAUGCAGUAGGAGGGAGCCUGGCCGGUGCCAGCGCAGGGGACACGGAGCUCUACGUGAGGUGGCUGCAGAUUGUGACGUUCCUCCCCGUGAUGGCCUUCAGCAGCCCGCCCUGGCUGUGCUGCGACGCCGGGGUCCUGAACCUCACCCGCCGCUGCAUCCAGAGGCACCGGGACUUCGUUGUGCCGCUGCUCAUCAAGUACAGCUCGGAAUGGCUCAGCUCGGGAUAUCCCAUCUUCCGGCCCGCCUGGUGGCUCAGCCCCACGGAUCCAGCUGCUUUCACUAUCGAGGAUGAGUUCCUCAUUGGAGAUGAGGUCCUGGUUGCCCCAAUAACAGACAAAGGGCAGACGUGGAGGGACAUCUACCUGCCCGGAGAGGGGUACCUCUGGAUGGACACCACCACUGCCCGUGUGUUCGACGGAGGCACCAUCCUCAGGAACUACUCUGCUGGCCUCACAGAGGUGCCGGUCUUUGUGAAGACCUCCUAACUCCAGCCUGCUGCAGCUCUGGGCCUCUCUCAGGGCAGCGCUGCCCACACGUGCUCGGCCUUCCCUGAGGCUCUUCCAGCCUAUUUGCACUGUUCCAAGAACCUUUGUUACCAGUAUUGUCUUAGCAGCAGUCCUUUGAAUCUUUCCUUACUUGCUGAUGUUCUGAGAGAGGAGAUGCAGCUUUGGCACAAAGACACGCUCAUGUGCAGUGCUGACCUCUGUGUUUCCAGGGCUUGCCCAGUGCCAUGUUUGUGUGUGAGCUCAGGUGGGCACAUCCGGCGUUUCCAGCUCCCUGGCACCACACUCAAAGAUGCUGCCUUGGCCAGAGAGUGGAUUUCCCAGAGCAGGAGGUAAAUGAACAUCAGCUUAUACCCAAUGGGAUGCUUUGUGUUUGAAGACAAAAGCAUACACAGAGACAACAGACUGUGAAAGCUCUCUUCAUGUGUAUGGGCAUCAUGUGUGUUAAGCACUACCUGCUUCUCUCAGCUGAUGCUGGGUGUACGG